UACAGGCAUAUUCAGGCUGACAGUAUGAGGAAAAUAAAGAUUUUUUUAAACAUUACGGAACGUAAACAUGUUCUAGUAGAAACACAAAAUAUAAGUAUGAACCUGAAAAUGAGUACGAUAUAGGACCUUUAAUAUCAAACUAUUGAAUUACCUUAGCCACAGUCCGUAGCCUGUAUCUGACACAACAUUCACCUCGGUCGUUAAUGCAGCCCAAGCCUCUUUUUUUAUCGUCAGUCCCGUGGAAACAGCUCUGAAAAGUGUCCCCUUUCUGCAGUAUAAUGAUACUAAACAGUGAACACUCCUGUCCAUUUAGAAUGAUUCUGGUUCACUAAGCAACGCACAGCGGUAAGAACUAAAUUGGCCAGUGCACACAUAUCAUGAAUCCGACGGUAAUGUUGCGUGUGCACAAAGUAAGACCAUUUCUAUUCACACAUUAGUGAAUGAGGCCCAAUGCCAGGUGCUUUGAGAGGGUCGGUCUGCUCUUCCAGUCUGUGGGGGGGUUGGCAGAUAACGGAUGCUCCUCCUUCGAGCUUCAUAACCCACAGAGACGUCGCCCCAGCCUGUCUGUGAGACACUGCUGACACUGAGACAGCCCAAAGGACCUCAGUGAUGACGACCGGCUGCAUGAGGUCGACUCUGGAGCCUGAACAUCGACUGAUGACACAGGAGAGCAAACAUUAUGAGGAGGCGCCGGAGAGCCUGGUGGUGGAGAGGAAGUCAGACAUGAAGGAUGAUGAAGAGGAGGAGGAGGAGGCUCUCUGCGCGGAGAAUCAGGAGGCAGACCAGAAGAAGAAACCUCGCAGAAAAGACACACCUGUCCUCAACUCUCCUCCACAUAUACCAGGACUGAGACUGCUGAAAGUGGAGAAGCAGAUGGUCCACUUAGAGGAUGAGGAGAAAGACGUGAAGGAUUAAAGCCUGUAUAUAUCAUUAAUUUAGUUGUCAAUAAAUGUUCACAGUCUCAUUAAA